AUGACUUGGAAAAGUCUGAUGGUGUUAACUAACAGUACGAAUCCUAUUGUAAUCACGUUAAGUGGCGCUAAUGGACCAGCUUUUAACCAACGUGGUGAUCUUCUUCUGUUGACUAACUAUCAUUCAGAACCUGUUCGUGUAGGAGAUAUUGUUGUGUUUCAAGUCAAAGGUCGUGAUAUUCCCAUUAUUCAUCGAGUGAUUCGUUUGCAUGAAAAAAGUGACGGUUAUAUUAAGUUUUUGACGAAACAUGACGUCAAUCAAGUUGAUGAUCGUGGUCUUUAUGCGGAAGGACAAUUGUGGCUUGAAAAUAAGGAUAUUAUCGGUAAAGUGAAAGGAAUAUUUUCAAAUCUUAAUUAUCGUUUUUAUCAACUUCUUAAUUCUUCAAUACUUUUAUAUAAAAUUACAUUUCAUUUUACAUCUGAUGAUUUAUUUAUGAAUAAUUAUCAACAUAUGAAAUAUAUUAAUCCACAUCAGAUUAUUUCACUUAAUUCGUCAUCUGAAUUAUAUAUUGACAAAUUUCUAUCAUCAUUUAACAUAGAUUCAUCACUUGAUCGUCUUCAAUCAAUUUAUCUUCAAAACAUUCAAGCAAAUACACUUUCAGUACUUCUCAACAAUUGUAUUCAUUUACCACGUCUUAUUUCAUUAGAUAUUAAGUCAUAUCAUCAAUUAAUAGAUCUAUGUCAAACUUAUUUAUUAAUUUUUAAUUUACCAGUAUUAAAAUAUCUUAAAAUAACAUCUCUUGAAUUCAAGAGUUCUGCCACAUUACCAUUUGCUAUGGAGAAUCAACAAUUGAGUAUGAUUGAACAUCUUGUUAUUGAACAUGGCGUUACAUUCAACGAUCUUGCUGCUAUAUUUACAUGA